GACAUUCAUGAUGGUUUAUGUGUGGAGCAAACAUAAUCCUUUUAUACAUAUGAGUUUCCUGGGUCUAUUUACCUUUGCAGCAGCUUACUUACCUUGGGUGCUUUUGGGAUUCUCUGUCCUUGUUGGUGCUAGUGCAUGGGCGGAUCUCCUGGGAAUGAUCGCUGGUCAUGCCUACUAUUUUCUCGAAGAUAUAUAUCCACGAAUGACCGGUCGUCGACCCCUAAAAACUCCGUUCUUUAUUAAAGCAAUGUUUGCAGAUGAAGCUGUGGUGGUAGCACGGCCAGCUAAUGUUAGAUUUGCUCCACCACCUGCAGAUGAACUGCACAGAGAUUAGUGUCCCUUUGGAAAACUAGAGCAAUUUUGGUUGAAUGGAUCUCAGAGAGGAAAGGCCUAAAGAAAAUGCUUGGUUGGCCUAUUUCUUAAACAUGUAGCUUUAACAUGAUAAAUUGCUGAUUAUGGACAAUACAUCAUUUGGUAGAAUUAGAGGUGUGUAUAUUUGAUGUUGCUGCUUGCGCUAUAUAUGCAGAAUUGGAUAUGGAAAUUUGUAAUUAAUACUUGAGCGAGUGCUUUUUGUUGUUAUAGAAUGUCCUUUCUCUUCGUAUA